UCUUAAUAAUGAGUCGUCGUCCCCCAAUCCGAGUCACGCCCGAGGACAUUACACGUCGAGAACGAGAGAGGAAUCCUCAGGAAGAUCGGCUAGCGGAGGAAAUGUCGGAUUCUACUAGACGUCGUUCGCAGCGGAUAUUGAAUCGUGGAUUCCGAGAGCCUCACCCAAGUGAGGUUUCGAACCCGACAAUGAGAUCUUCAUCGCAAACUACAACACGAGGAACUGGAUCUGGAAUCUCGAUCGGUGGCAACACAGCAUUCGAUCAGGGCUCGUCGACCGGACGCACCACGUCCAAUCAGCCGGAAAAAGCGUCAGUUCCGCAGCCCUUGCCACUAACACGAGUGUCGGAUCGUGUCAGAAGACGGACAGUUCAGUUUGCCGAUGUGUCACCGACCGCGUCUUCAAGAAACACUCUAAACGACGGAUUCUAUGAUCCUCGUCCGAGCCAGCUGACUGAUCCAUCUGUCAGAUCUUCCUCGCCGUCCCGGAUUGACCAGCUCCGGCAGUUCCUCCAGCAAACAGGAAGUCUCCCAUCUAGAUCAGAAUCAAGAGUAUCCAGUGUCUCAACCGCGAACAUCGCUUUUGAUCAGGGAUCCGCAAACUCGGGAGAGUCCAGGCAGGAUGUACGGCGGAGUAGACGACGAAUCGUCCGGAAACGAUUCGCGAAUUUUUCGCUUCGCCACACAAUUUGCGCCUGCGCCCAAGCACGGGUUUGCUACCGAGUCCGAAAUCCGCCAUAUCUUCAUCAUUUUCAUGGAGAAUCUCUUCCGGAAAGCGCUCAAAUGCGCGAGCCGAGAAAUUUGAGCGUUCAAGAAAUGGCCCAAAAGGGCAUUUUACGAUGCUCGUACGAAUACUACAACCAUCUGCGAGCUGAAAUUCUUGUAACAGACGAUGAUGGUACAUCGCAGCAGCCGAGAGGAAGUGCUCGUGGAGACAACAAGCGAAAAUCCCCCCAGGAGCCAAGUAUGAGUUAUGAAGGCCCGAAGCCAAAGCAUUCAACUCAUGAGACACCUGAAGACGCCAAACCGGAGGCAUUCACAUCUGUUAAACCACCAACAUCAUCUGGAAACCAGUCAAUACGUGCUCCAAUGAACGAACCGUCCUACGAACGGAUUCAGGCAUUGGUUCGAGACGUUUAUGCUCGACGCAAAAGUGGAGCUGUGAACGAUGAUUUGACCGUCUCACUCGAUGGCUUCCGCAUGGUCAUGUUUAGCAGAUCACCAGCAACGGCACUGCAGAUUCUGACUGCUUCGGACUACUUGCGUAUCCGAGGAAGAUCACUUAGUCAAAGAGAUCAACAAGAUGCUCGCCUCUUCCAGCAAUUGGCGCGAAUAAUCCGAGAAGAGAGACCAAUGCAGUUGAUCAGUGAUGUUUUCUUCUUAAUCUGCCGAGUUGGCGACCAGGAAUACCGGCGUCUAGAAGAUCAAUUUAUCCAGAUUUUUUUAAUGAAUGAGGAAGCCUGAAAAUCUUCAUUAUUUACCUUUUAUCCUUUUACCUUUAAAACACGAUCCAAUUGUCAGGUCAUUCACUAAUAUGAUCCAGAAACUUUUGAUGCAGCCUUAAGCUUUGUAUAUGUAUUUGCCUCCCCAUUUCUUGUUCAUACAGACCCGGGAAUUUGUCCCCCGGGUCUGUAUUUUUUAUCAAGAAUUCUGGAUCUUGUAUCCCAUUGUUUUCUCCCCUGUUCACUUACAAAUUUGUAACCCCUGUGCCCAUGUUGAAGAGCCCUGUGAGCUCUUUGUUACUUCGUCUGAAUCUGUUGAAAAGCCGUGUGAAUCGGCUCGUAUUCCCUCUUGUUUUCUUUUGAAUUAUGUUACCUGCCAUAUCUACAGCAAAUUUUUGACCUAAUUAUAUGCCUGAUGUUUCCCCAUUUGUUCUAAAUCAAUUGAUCACCCAAAUAUGCGUAAUAAAUGUAUUUUAUGGG